AUGGCCAAGAUCGCACUCGUCGUUGAGCCUCGCGGCAAACCCAUCCGCGGGCUCCCCAAGGAACUCAAGAUUGACCUUGAUGCCACUGGCGAACAGCUGCACAACGCCAUUGCUGAGGCCUCUGGUGCCAACGUGCACCGUCUUCGUAUCACCAAGGGAAGCGACCGUACCGUUGUUCCCAAUGCAAAGGACACCACCGUCGACGAGACCGGCCUGCGCAACUCGAGUGUCAUCCACGUCAAGGACCUGGGCCCUCAAAUCGCAUGGCGCACCGUCUUCAUCAUCGAAUACCUGGGUCCCCUCCUAAUCCCAGCUCUUUUCCUCUUCCCCCUCCGUCCUUUCCUGUACUUCAACUUUGACCAACCUCUCCCGGAACCCUCGGACAUCCAGCUCCUCGUCUGUGGCCUCCUGUCACUCCACUUCCUCAAGCGUGAGUACGAGACCAUCUGCGUCCACCGUUUCAGCAACGCAACCAUGCCCGCCCGCAACAUCUUCAAGAACAGCGCCCAUUACUGGGCUCUCGCUGGUUUCAACAUCGCCUACUGGGUUUUCCGCCCCGACUCUGCCGCUGCCUCCUCAAGCCCCAAUGCUAUCCUUACCUACGCUGGUCUGGCGCUCUUCGUUUUCAGUGAAUUGGCCAACCUGAACGCUCACUAUGUGCUCCGCGAUCUGCGUCGUCCUGGUACCACUGAGCGAGGUAUUCCCAAAGGCUUUGGAUUCAACCUUGUUACUUGCCCCAACUACAUGUUUGAGAUCUUGGCUUGGUUGGGUAUCUUCAUGGUUAGCCAGUUGAACCUGAGUGUGUUGAUCUUCACUCUUGUUGGUGGUGUGCAGAUGUGGAGCUGGGCGUGGAAGAAGGAGAAGCGCUACCGUCGGGACUUUGGAGAGAAGUACAAGAAGAAGAAGACUGUUCUUCUGGCUUACAUCUGCUAA